AUGAUUGAGAUUGGUGGUGGUGGUGCGACGGUAGUGGUGGUGCCACAGUGGCGUUGUUGGUAUUGUGGUGGUGCCGACAAUGACGGGGAUGAUUCAAAACUAGGGACAGAAGAUAAGGACACUGGGGCACAGGUGGCUCCUAUCGUCAAACUGCAGGAAGUGGAUGUUACCACUGGCGAAGAAAAUGAAGAUAUCCUUCUCGAUCUGAAGGCAAAGCUGUAUAGAUUUGAUAAGGAAGGGAGCCAAUGGAAAGAGAGGGGCGUUGGGACACUGAAGCUACUCAAGCCCAAGGAGAGUGACAAAAUUAGGCUUGUCACGAGGCAGAACAAGACCCUUAAGAUUUGUGCUAACCAUCUGGUGCUACACACAAUGACUGUGCAAGAGCAUCAAGGGAAUGACAAAUCAUAUAAGAUUGAAGAAAUUACUGAAUCUCUGGCAAAAACUACUGAGGAUAGUGAAGAAGGCACUACUGCUGCCAACCUUAUUGAAAAGUUAACUGUUGAAAGCAAGGAUACAGAAGAGAAGCAAGAGACCAAAGAGGCAUCCAAGAACUGCAAACCUUGUUUUUAA